AUGCCAACCAACUCUUAUGAGUGUCUUUCCCAACUUGUGGAUACAUUCAAACAGACAGACGAAUGUCUGCAUACCAAGGGUACACAUUUUGCCCUCACAAUACUGAAAAUGGAGUUGGAUUUGCAUAAGCGUGGCGGGGUCUCCGACGAUGUCUACUUAAAACUCUGCGGAAACAACGUUCGUGUCACUUCCUAUCGCCUCCAUGAUGUUGACGUGCCUCCAAUCCUGGCGGCCAUCUGCAGUGUGCCAAUCAUUACGAUGCUCGAUCUACGCUACAACCGCCUCACCGAUGAGGGUGCUGUUACCAUUGGCUCAUUUCUGAAGGUUAUUGUGGACAAAGCAACUACGUCGAAGGAACCGGGAGAGUACUCCUGGGCCCCGGAUGAGAACUCUGUCAAUCGAUUUAUCGAUUUGGCGCCGGCAUCUCCAGACUGA